GCGAUCUUGGAACUGAGAAGUAUGAUACGUGAUGGUAAUGCAGACAACGUAAGAAGACUUUUAGAGCAAGGUGCAGAUCCUAACGAGUUUGAUGUCUUGUCAGAAGCAGUACGAUAUGGGGAAUCUGAUAUAGUGAAGUUAUUGUUAGAGAAAGGAGCUGACCCUAACAAGUAUAAUUCCCUAAGUGUUGCUUUAUCCUGUAUCCACGAGAAUAUAGUGGAUAUGUUGCUGGAGAAAGGAGCUGACCCUAAUACG